GCCCCCUAAACCCUGCGGAAAGACUGCGACCUAACGCUCAUGUCUGCAGACAUUACACCGGUAAAUAACGCUGCAACCGCCGAAUAAACAUCUCCAGACGCUCCUCCUCCCCUCUGUCAUGGCAGUCAGACUGUGCGAUGUGGCCUCUCUGCUUAGGAGCGGGUCGUGGGCGCCUGAGCCUUGGACUGGGCAGGUAAUUGCUGCCAUGGAAACACAGCUGUCCAAUGGGCCCACAUGCAACAACACGAGCAACGGGCCGUCCACCAUCUCCAACAACUGCUCAUCACCUGUGGAGUCGAGCAGCAUCGAGGACAGUAAGACCAACCUGAUCGUCAACUACCUGCCCCAGAACAUGACCCAAGAGGAGCUCAAGAGCCUGUUCGGAAGCAUUGGAGACAUUGAGUCGUGCAAACUAGUGCGGGACAAGAUCACAGGGCAGAGUCUGGGCUACGGGUUUGUCAACUAUGUGGACCCGAAAGAUGCAGAAAAGGCCAUAAAUACUUUGAAUGGCUUAAGGCUUCAGACCAAAACUAUCAAGGUGUCCUAUGCUCGGCCAAGCUCCGCCUCCAUUAGAGAUGCAAACUUGUACGUCAGCGGUUUACCAAAAACAAUGACACAGAAAGAGCUGGAGCAGCUCUUCUCACAGUACGGCCGCAUCAUUACCUCACGCAUCCUGGUGGACCAGGUCACCGGCGUCUCCAGAGGAGUGGGCUUCAUCCGCUUCGACCGGCGAGUGGAGGCGGAGGAGGCCAUCAAAGGGCUCAACUGUCAGAAGCCGCCCGGCGCCACAGAGCCCAUCACGGUCAAGUUCGCCAACAACCCUAGCCAGAAGACAAGCCAGGCUCUGCUGUCCCAGCUCUACCAGUCCCCCAAUCGAAGGUACCCAGGGCCCCUCGCACAGCAGGCACAGCGCUUCAGGUUGGACAAUCUGCUGAACAUGGCCUAUGGAGUGAAGAGCCGCUUCUCUCCAAUGGCCAUCGAUGGCGUGACGAGCCUGGCGGGCAUAAACCUCCCGGGCCAUGCGGGCACGGGCUGGUGUAUCUUCGUGUAUAACCUGGCGCCAGAUGCAGACGAGAGCAUCCUGUGGCAGAUGUUUGGUCCGUUCGGAGCGGUCACAAACGUCAAAGUGAUCCGCGACUUCAACACAAACAAGUGCAAAGGAUUUGGCUUUGUCACCAUGACUAACUACGAUGAGGCGGCCGUGGCCAUCGCCAGUUUGAACGGAUAUCGCCUUGGCGACCGUGUGCUGCAAGUGUCGUUCAAAACCAACAAAACACACAAAGCCUGAUGUGACUGUGCACAGAGACUGGACCACCUUUCUACAUUAGUAAAGCUUUGUACAUCUGUAUUACCACGACAUAUUUAGCUUUGGGCGCAAUUCCUUUCUGUUGUUCUUGCUAUGCUUUGGGUCUCCUUUAGAGGAGUCAGACCGUCUGGACUGGUUUAAACUGGUUUAGUCUCGGGUUCAUCAAAGUCUUGUACGUUUGUGUGGUGCUUUGAGUUCUGUCUAUCGGGGUUUGCCUUUAGGCUCUUUGGUGGUUAGAAAGUCCUUCUUUUCACAUAUUUGCCGUUGAGUUGAUUUGUAAGUAUUCUGUUGUAUUAUGACUUUAUGACUUGGUUAUUGGUUGGCUGCAUAAUGUUGCAUAUUGUAAACUUAUGGAUAAAGACAAAAAAAAAUUCUUAAGCAGUACCUUGCCAAAGAGCUAAGAACCUCUUUGAUGUGGGUUUAAAAGCAUCUAUUUUUAUAAAAAGAAAAAUUUGGAGAAACUUUUUACUGGACCUGGAACAAAAUAUUUUGACUUGGAUACUUUGAGAAAUAUCUUCAUAUGACACCUUGUGAGCUUUUGAACUUUACAAGAAAGUUUGCAGCGGUUGAAAUUUCUGGAGAGAUUUAUGAUGUAAAAGAUACUUUUGAGAUGUUUGUAUUCUCUUAGAUUCUAGAUCAAUGGCAGUGCUGGUUUCAUUUGUAAAUCUGUGGUCCUCCUGUCAUUCUGGUGUUAGCCACUCGCUUCAGUUUGGUUUGGUAACUGACUGAGCCCAGGUUUCACGGUUCAUGCUAACGCAGAGACGUGCUCUACGCAACAUGCUCAUGUCUUCAGAACAUGCUAAAGUAGGAGCCAUGUUCUUCACAGCGUGCUAAUGUAGAGGCGUGUUCUACACGACAUGCUAAUGUAAGAGACAUGCUAAAGUCAGUUCUUCCGACGCAGUGCUCCUCCCACAGAGCCACUGUUUUUGGGCUCAACCUGAACCGAGUGUUUUAACGUCACUAAAGUUUUCCGAGAGCCGAGGACACACUGAAGGCAGCGGCUUUCACUCUGAGCUGGACAGCUGUGUAAAUAACACAUUUAUGUUGACUAUUUGGACGUUUUUCUGUUCUUCUUUAACCUUAAUUGAAAAGUGUGAUUCUAUUUCAUUUCUUUUUAAAAGGUCUUUUGGUUUUGAAUAUUUAAGAUUUUAAUUUCAUUUGGCCUUUUUUUGGAAUCUUAUUUGCAUUACAGUGCAUCAAUUCGUUGGUUGUUUGGUCUGUAGAUAGUCUUGCUUCGUAAAAAAAAAAAAAGGUAUUAAACUAUAGACAUUUGUUUUGUUUUUUUAUAUAUAAACAUUAUAGAUAUAUAUUUAUGUGGUACAGAAUGGAUAUAAACCACAGUUUGAUUCCUUUGUUUUUCAUACUCAUAUAUAUACGUAAUGCAUAUAACCUGUCUUUAAAAUCGUACAAGUGUAUAUUGCUUUAUUCACUUAGGGGGAGGUCAGUGAAUCCUAACGAACGCAAACAGGAUUGCAGAGUUGAGUGACUGUGCCUCUCCCGCAGCAGUGUGCUAUGCAUUCUCGUUCUGAUCUGCGACUGCUUUCUUUGUGUUUGUAACAUGAGCUGCUGUGGGUGGGGGCCACAGUGGAGCCGGGUGCACCUUCAGACUUGUGUUGUGCUUUUCCAAAUGAUCGCUUUGAUUUGCUCUGACCAAACUCCAGGGUGGCCCCCACCCCUCUUAUCUCAAUUCUUAAUGUGAGAAUGAUUAUUUAUUUAAACUUGUAUAGUCUAACUUGGUUCACAUUUUGGAAUAGAAUAUCUUUUGAGUAUUUAAAGAGGAUGUACGUGUUCUUUACUUUGUGUUUAAAUACUUUUUCAUGUUCAGUACAUCAAUAAAUAUAAGUUGAAGGGCAA